UCUCUGCAGGUCAGCGGCGGUGGCUGGCUGCCUGCACGGUGCCAGCAUGAACCAGACCAUGGCCGACAUCCUGGCAAACCAGCAGUUCCUCCGAAGCGCAUUGCCAAAGUUCAGGAAAAGCCCCCUGCUACAGAGGGCAGCGUGGCAGGCCCUGGACACGGCCGAUCCUGAACCAGAGGAUGGGUUACUGGUGACGCACGUCAAUCAAACCCGCCAGCUGCUGGGAACCCCUGCUUCCCCCGCCGUGCCCGCGGCCACCCAAACCUCCGAGGAAUGGCUGGCCACUCAUGGCCUGGAGCCCCAGCAACUGACCCUUCACCAUCUUCUAACUGAAGGCUGUGUCGUCAGGAACAAGGACGAGGAGAAGGAGGUGAAGCAUUUACAAGUCCGGUUGGACAUCAUCGAGAGCUUUGAAUCCAGGGUCCGAGAAAUGAUUGACGUCUACCAGAAGCGGAUCAGUUGGCUGAAGGAAGGGAGCAGAAAGAUGUUUGGGUUGGUGAAGGGGGCUCGGCUGGGAGUGCUGGUCGACUGUUCCGACGCCAACUGCGGACUUGGCCGGCAGCGAGAGUUGCAGCGCGAUCUGCUGGCCCUUAUGGAUGAGCAGCUGAGUGGAGUUUCACAGCUCUACCUCCUCUCCUUCGGAUCCGAGCUGCACCCGCUGUGGGACACUGCACGGGAUGUCAACCUCCACACGUUGCAUGAGGCUCGGCAGUGGGUGCAGGCCCUGCAGCCCGGCGGGAGCUGCAACCUGCUGCAGGCCCUGAAGCGGGCGGUGAGGGUGCGGCGGCUCGACUCUCUGCUGCUCGUCCUGGGAACGAGCCCCGACCAGCCCCCUGGGAUUCUGGUCGACCAUCUGCAGCAGUGCAUGUUGGGAAGGUCCCUGCCUGUACAAACCGUGGCGUACGACUGCAACCACCACACUGCCCAGGAGAUGCUGAGAUCUCUAGCUGAGCUGAGCGGCGGUCGACAUCACUCCUACUCAAUGGGAACACAGCAGUGCUGGGGCAGCGAUGCCGCGGCGCUGGGGCAGGAGCUGCAGGGAGCAGCACAGCUGCUGCAGUCGGUGGCGGAGAUGCGACGAGGGCUGGUGGACGGGGCUGUCAGCUCCCUGCUGAGAGAGGUGUGGACGGAAGUCUCCGGAAGGCGGGCACCCCGGAGGUCAGAGCUGGAGGCACCGCUGACCAUCGAGGCCCCCGGCGUCCGGCCCCGACCCUCGGCCCAGUGGCUGCAGCGCAACGGCCUGAGAGCCCGUGGGCUGGGUCUCUACCAGGUUCUGGCCCCCAACGCCUUCCCCCGGUGUGAGCAGUACGUGCCCAUCCUGCGCAAGACCGUCCGAUCCACCCUGCACCAGAAAGCCAUGAUGCAGCUGGAGUGGUUCGACGGGACGGUGAGGAAUCUUCACGUGGACCCACCCCAACUCUACCAGUAUCAGGGCUCCCUGUCCCGGGCGGUCAGGGGCUUCCAGCGUCGUCUCGGCUGGUUGUGUUCGGGUAGCAGACGGGUCUGGGGCAACCUGUGUGAGGAGAGGGUGCUGCUGAUGGUGGACACCUCGACCCUCUCCCCCGGCACCGACCCCCCCCUGCAGCUGCUCCGGCCCCUUCUCCAGCAACAGCUGCCCCGGACACAGGCCUUCAACCUGCUGGCGUUCGGCUCCGGGGUCCAACGCUAUGGGCCGGGCCUAGUGCCCACUACACCCGCCAGCCUGCAGGCUGCCUGGAGGUGGUGCCUGUCGCUGCAGCGUGAGGGCAGCCGGAACCUGCUGGCCGCACUGAGAGCAGCGAUGGAGACCGACGUCAGCUGUCUCAGCGGACCCUGUGGGAUCUACCUCCUCAUCGCCGGCGCUCCCGACCAGGCCCUGGAACCUCUCGCCAGCUACGUUGCCGAGGUCACCGGAGGUCGUGAACUCCGACUCCACGUCUGCCUCUAUGACCCUGAGCCCGACCCUGACCUCGGGGAGUCGGCCCCUCCCCCCCGCUACGCCUCUCCCAGGGAGAUGGGGGACAUCAUGAGGAGUCUGGCGCGGUCGGGAGGCGGCCGGUUCCUAUGGUCCCGCGAGUCGGGUAUCAUCGAAAGUGAUGACAUUCAGCUGAUAUUGGCCGAAGUGGAAAAGGCAGUCGACUACUCCAGGAAGUGCGCCCUGUUGCUCGAGUCCCUCCACCGGCGUUCGGGAAGGCUGGCUGCAGACGAGCGGGUCCCACCGGGUGGCCUUGAGGUGGUGCUGAAGGAGGGGUGUCGCAGCCCCCUGAAGCUGCAGGCUCCGAAGCCCACUGCCCUCUCCCUGGCCAGAAUGCGAGCUCUGGUGGACGGGGGCGGGGAGAGAGUGUCGGCGUUCAAAGCCUUGACCUGGCGUCCAAGCAGCGGAAAGACGGCCACCGCUCCAGCUCGCCCCAGCCACACGCGGACACGCCCCACGGGCCGGGCCAGGAGGAAGGUGACGAGCUCGGCCUUUUACACGGAUCAAGGGAGGAAAGUGGGAGCCGUGUACCAGACACCGCCCGGAACGAGACGGGGCAGAUCGGUGAUCCCCUCCAUCACACUGCCACGGGAGGAGGAGGUUUGCACCACCGCGGCGUGGCUGCGGUGUCAGGCCGUGGGGCGGCUGGGCCUGGACCUGCACCGAUUGGCGUUGGGCGGUGGCUGCCGGCACGGAGCGUCGCUGGUGCGGAGCCUGGGCCGCAGGGUGGGCGCCCGGCACUGUGCCUCCCUCCCCACCGUCACCAUCAACGCCCAGCAGAGACACUUGUACCUGCAGCCGCAUGAACUGGACGAGUACAUGGGACAGGUGCGGCAGCUGCUGCGUCGCUACCUGCAGCGGCUGCAGUGGCUCCUGUCAGGGAGCAGGCGUCUGUUCGGCAGCAUCGUGGAGAAGCGAGUCUGUAUCUGCAUCGACACGUCGGGAUCCACCCAGCCUUACCUGGCUGCUCUGAGGAAGGAGCUAACCUCCCUCAUCUGGGAACAGCUCCGAACCAAUGUCCACAGCUUCAACCUGCUGUCGUUCGCAGACACUGUGCGGAGCUGGAGGGAGGGUCUGCAGGAGGUGACCGAUGCCUCGUGCCACGACGCCGUGCAGUGGGUGGGGGGCACCUUGGCUCAGGGCAGCACCAGCACCCUGGCGGCACUGCAGGCGGCAUUUGGUCACGCGGGCGUGCAGGGGGUGUACGUGCUGACGGACGGGAAGCCGGACUCCAGCUGUUCCAGCGUUCUGCAGGAGACGCGGAGGAUGAACCAGGGGAGAAGAGUCAGAGUGCACACUGUGUCUCUCUGCUGCACAGACAGCACUGCCAACGAGUUCCUCAAGUCGCUGGCAGCUCAGAACCGAGGUCGCUUCCACCGCUGCUAUGGAGCUACGGACGGGCAGCUGGUCGCUCACACAAUGCUCACGGGAGGCUUCGCCGAUGAAGACGAUCCCAACCUUCCUGACUUUGAGGGUGACGAUUUAAAAAGGCUUUCUGAAGAAAUUACUAAAGCACGAAGGUUCCUGUCUGAAGCACAGUCCUUCAGGUAG